AUGCAGGGUCUUGUUGAUCAACAUCUCUCCAGCCUCGGUUGUCCAGUCAGGAAUGGUUCCCUCUCUAUCAUGGAACGGAAUGUUGUUGUAUGGAUCAGCGUUGUCCUCGCUCUGAUAGUACUUUGGAUCGGUAAACACGUCGUUGAUGUGUCUGACCUGUUUUGGACCAACUUCCUGGCCAGUGAUUUGGUAGAAGUAUGGAGAAGUGGUACGUCUCCAGAAAUCUGGCCACGUGAUCAUCUGCGCAAACCAGGAGUACUUGCCACCACCAACAAUGACGUAACCACUGCCUUUAUAGAAUUUUGGGGCGGUGUUCGGCAAGCUGCUGACAACAGUCUCGUGCUUGAGGGUCAAGUCGUUCACAAACUGGGCAGGGAAAUUGAGGAAGCCAGAACAGUCGUGCUCACUGAGUCUGUCCCAGGUCUGAGCGUAAAACAAGACGUUCUCAAUGAAAGGCUUUCCAUCUUUCAGAACCUGUCUUUCAGCCAGAGGAUAGCUCAAAGAGUUUUUCUUCAUGGUUUCGAAAAUCUCGAUAAAGUAGUUUUGGAACGUGAUAUCUCCUCUGAUGAUAUCUUCAGGAGUAAUCUUGUUAAGAGAGUCCUCCGUUGGCGAUUGGUUGCCUGUGAGAGGGAAAGAUCUAUCGUCUGUUCUCUGGCCCUUGGAUUCGUCGAUCGAGGAAAUUUUAGAGCCUUUUGUGUUACCAGUUGA